UAGUACGGCGUCUGUGAUUGGGCGGUGCUGCUGCUGUUCCCUGAUUGAGGCGGUGCUUACGCAAGGACGACAGAUGCGGUCCAAGGGAUGCUGGCAUUUGCCAAGCUGAGCAGAGCAGCGGUUCGCACGAGGAGAGUAGCAGCUCAGCUCACCAAGGCAACCAUGGCAGACAGUCCCAAGGAAACCCGUCCGUACUCGACAGCAAAGACAGACGAAGAUGAAUCCAACACUGCUGCUAUCCUCAUCAUCGGGGACGAAAUACUUAAGGGCCACACAGUGGACACCAACAGCGCCUUCCUGACGCGAGCGCUGCGGAGGCUGGGGGUGUCUGUGCGGCGCAUCACCGUGGUUCCGGACGUCCAGGAGGUCAUCGCCAAGGAGGUGGCCCUCCUCUCCCCCCAGUAUACCCACCUGCUGACCUCGGGAGGCAUAGGCCCCACCCAUGACGACGUGACGUUUGAGAGCGUCGCCAUGGCGUUCCAGGAAGAGGUCGUUCUCCACCCGGAGCUGGCGAGGCUGGUGGAGGAGUUCUUCGGUAAGGUGGACAAGGAGAGUGGUGCUACGAAGCUGGCAAUGGUGCCUCACUCUGCCAAGCUCAACUACGGAGUGGACCCCCAAACCAGACAGCCUCUCCGCUAUCCUCUCGUCAGUGUGCGUAACGUGUACAUCUUUCCUGGCAUCCCCUCUCUGUUGGAAAGAGCCUUCAGCGGAGUGGAGCACCUGUUUGCCGGCUCAGGAACCAGAUUUCACACCCGAGAGGUAUUUGUGGACGCGGACGAGGUCGACAUCGCCCCCGCGCUGAGCAGACUGCAGGCGGACUGGGGCCGCAGGGUGGCCCUGGGCUCCUACCCCGACUGGCUGAGCAACUACCAUCGGGUCAGGCUGGUCCUGGACUCCAACAGCCAGGAGGGGGUGGACCAAGCCCGGGUGCAGCUGCUGGAGGUGCUGCCCAAGGGCAGUGUGGUGCCAUUGGUGAGCGACCCAGUGGCCAUCGCCACCGCCGAGGUCUACAUGCUGGCCCAUAGUGGAACGCCGCUCGGGGAUAAAGUGUUGACUGCUUUGAAGACGAUGGAGGCGGCGCUGGAUCAGUACACCGCGGAGGAGAUCUGCGUGGGCUUCAACGGAGGGAAGGACUGCACAGCCCUGCUGCACCUCUACUAUGCUGCUCUGAGACGGAAGUUUCCGGAUGGUAAAGACAAGCUGAAUGCUCUGUACAUACGCGUGGUGUCUCCGUUCCCAGAGAUGGAGAGGUUCCUUCAGGACACAAUCAAGAGGUACGACCUGGAGCUGUUCUCGGUGGAGGGCAGCAUUCGCCAGGCACUCAGUGAGGUGCAGGAGAGGAGGCCAGCCCUCAAGGCGGUCCUCAUGGGGACCAGGAGGACUGACCCCUACUCACACACCCUCUCUGCCAUGUGUCCCACCGACCCGGGCUGGCCCGACUACAUGAGGGUCAACCCGCUACUGGACUGGACGUACCAUGACAUCUGGUCUUUCUUGAGGACGCUGUAUGUUCCCUACUGCGUCCUCUACGACAAAGGGUACACGUCAUUGGGCAGCAUGGAUAACACCUCUCGGAACAAGUCCCUGCAGAGUGUGGACGCGAGGGGCGUGACCCGCUACAGGCCGGCCUACCUGCUGGAGAACGAGGAAGAGGAGCGCAACUGCAGGGCCUGAUGCCUGGGCCUCAGACCUCUGGGGUCGGUUCUCACCUCACCUGCCGUCUGAUGUAGGGCAGGGGGAGGGGGAGGGAGGAAAUUACUGAAGGAUUCAACUGUUCAAGAUGCAACUACUGUCUGGCGUGUGCUUAUGUGUGUGUGUGUGUGUGUGUGCGCGCGCCCUUGUUCAAUUCCAUGUGUAUACCUUGUUGUAUUUCAGUGUAAACUAAUGGCUCCAUCCAUGUGUUCAAUAAAAUAUGACAUGUUUCAUCCUUCUG